CGCCCACCCAGCACAGUUGCCUCUUGAUGAGUUUUCGUAUUCAGUAAACCCGAGAGUGAACUCGACUCGUCAUUGCAUCGUCCGGGUCGUCGAUUUUGACAUUUUCACACACGUCCUCAUCAUGUCGGUGCCCGGAUUCCCGUUGGCUUCCGCGACCAACAACACUUACAGCGCUCAUGAGAUUGCUCCUAUUGUGUAUGCAGGAAGAAAGCCACCACCUCUUCCAUGGAAGGACAUCGGCUACGUCGCGAAGUGGUCUGUUUCGUCAUUCAAGUUUGGUUUCGGUCCUGAGUGUCUGCAGGACGACGACCCCGACACAUUCUGGCACUCCGAUGGCCCUCAGCCCCAUUUCGUGACGAUCGAGUUCCCGAGAAAGAUGGCUAUCCAGAAAAUCAGCCUCUUUCUCAGCUUCCCUCUCGACGACUCGUACACCCCCGCCGUGCUUUCGAUUCGCGCAGGCACAGGCCUGGGCGAUCUUCAGGAAGUACGCUCCAUCACCCUCGAAAAGCCGGAUGGAUGGAUCACGUUCGACGUAUCAACAGAGCCCAGCGAAGAUGGAGAUGGCUUCAAAGCUGUGCAUGCAUACAUCUUGCAGAUUCUCGUCCUCACGAAUCACCAAAACGGCAAGGACACGCACGUCCGUGGCAUGCGUGUUCUGGGACCUAUAGAAGACCAGACUUCGUGGGACGACCCGUUCCCCUUCGUGACUCCCAAGUUCAAAAUGUUCGAACACAUCCGCUAAUGCGGGUCACGACGCUCCAUCACCCUAUGUGAUUCUAGCUUUGGUUUAU